CCAUUCAUUCGUCCAUCAGACACCUUUUUAUUAUUGCCCGAGUCCCUGCAUAGCUGCAAUCCCUCAAUCUCUGCAGCUUCUCCCCUGCCUCUAGAAAGGCGUACUUGAAGUUAACUCCCGUCUUCUUCCCUACCGCCCCACCUCCAAAGCCUCCAAGGGCCCCCAGACCAUUUUCAUCGGCCCCAUCAAACGCUUGUUUCCUGUGUACCAGAUUCACAGAUCUCUGGUAUUCAAGCUUAGCUUUUCUUGUUGUGAUGGAUGCACAAGUUUCUGAGGAUGGACAUGUGAUUGAGAUAGAUGCUGAUAGGCCGGCUGUAGAAAAAGGCUUUGUUGCAAGUAAAGUUUGUGAGGGAGCACCAUGUGGAUUAUCAGAUGCCCAAACGAGUUCAGAACGUUCAGUGUCCAUGAAAAAGCUUUGGAUUGCAGUUGUACUCUGCAUUGUUUUCAUGAGUGUUGAGGUUGUUGGAGGCGUUAAAGCCAACAGCCUUGCAAUUCUGACUGAUGCUGCUCAUCUGCUGUCAGAUGUUGCUGCUUUUGCAAUAUCUUUGUUUUCUAUUUGGGCGUCUGGAUGGGAAGCUAAUCCACGCCAAUCUUAUGGGUUUUUCCGCAUAGAAAUUUUGGGGACAUUGGUCUCUAUCCAGAUGAUAUGGCUUCUUGCUGGUAUCCUCGUUUACGAAGCCAUUGCCAGACUCAUCCAUGAUACUGGUGAAGUUCAGGGCUUCCUCAUGUUUUUGGUGUCUGCUUUUGGCUUAGCAGUGAACAUCAUCAUGGCUCUUGUGCUUGGACAUGAUCAUGGACAUAGCCACGCUCACGAUCACGGACAUCAUGGACAUGGCCAUGCUCACAGUCACGGACAUCAUGGACAUGAGGGUCAUAGUGAUGACGAUGGGGAGAAGGAAAAUGAGCAAGUGAAUGAUCAUAUGCGUACUCAUGGGGUGAGCACAGCUGGACAUCACCACCAUCGUGAGGGACAUAGUGAGCAUCCUCAUGCACAUGAAUCAGAUCAUACUGAGCCUCUCCUUGAAAAGAGUUGCUCGGAGAGUGAACACAAGUCAAACAGUGGACAUAAAAAGAAGCAAUGGAACAUCAAUGUCCAGGGGGCUUACCUUCACGUACUAGGUGACUCGAUUCAAAGCAUUGGGGUGAUGAUUGGUGGAGCAAUUAUAUGGUAUAAACCAGAAUGGAAAAUUGUUGAUCUGAUUUGCACACUUGUUUUUUCUGUAAUCGUGCUGGGAACCACUAUAAAGAUGUUGCGCAAAAUCCUUGAGGUUCUUAUGGAGAGCACGCCUCGAGAAAUUGAUGCUACCAGAAUUGAAAAAGGUCUUUGCGAGAUGGACGAGGUUGUUGCAAUCCAUGAAUUGCAUAUAUGGGCAAUCACGGUUGGGAAAGUGUUAUUGGCUUGCCAUGUGAAGAUUAAACCUGAUGCUGAUGCUGAUUUGGUGCUGGACAAAGUUGUUGUCUACAUUAGGAGGGAAUAUAACAUCAGUCAUGUGACAAUCCAAAUUGAAAGAGAGUUCAAUUAAAGGGUAUGAUGUGGUUUAAGCCUUGGUGUAGCAUUUUCCUGGGACGGGCAAACUUCUUUCAAAGAUUGUCAUUUCUUUUCUAGCAACAGAGAGAUGGCUCUCUUGCCGAUUUGGCUGCAUUUUUUGUAACUAUUUUACCCUUUUUUCUUUUCUUUUCCUUGUGUUCUUGGUUUAUGUUGAGAUGUAACUUGGAUAAUGGCCAUCUAGGAAAUGCCAAAUUUGGAGGUCUUGGCCUCUUAGGACUGCAGCACUUCCUUUCCCUGGAGUGGAUGAGCUAAAGAUGCCCAUCGACAAUGCAAUACAGGGCUAUGAGUCAUAGAGAAUUUAGCCUCCACCAUUGCUCUGCAGAUGAAUUGAUGCCAUUCACCUUUGAUUGUCAGUCGUACUUUAUCCUAAGAUUUGCUGUGACUGAUAUCCAGAAAGUGAAGAAGACCAUAUUGAAGCAACAAGAAAUAGGUGGAACUGCAAUGUUUUAACUCUGCCUUGAGGGUUAUCUUGCUUACGUUUGGACGCACAACCCUGAUUGAUUAUAUCAAAUCUAUUGUCAGCAAUGGGUGAAAUAUAGGCUUAAUGGAGGCAAAAUCGAGCCUUUUUAGCUACAAAUCUGCUUUUCUAGGUAACUGUUUAACAGUGUGUUAGUGUUAUUUUUGUAUCCUACCAGUACUAGAUAACUUUUUACAGUGUUAUGUGUUACUUUUGUAUCCUACCAGUACAAGUAAACAGAGCUGUUAAUUUGUGCCGGCAA